CCUUGCUGCCACGACGCGCUCUCCGCCAAGCUUAUAGAGCAAGCCGGCUUUCCCUACGCCUUUAUGAGCGGAUUCUGCACGUCGGCCGCACGGCUCGGGGCGCCUGACACCGGCCUCAUCUCCUACAGCGAAAUGGUGGACACGGGCCGUUACAUUCACGAGUCCACUCGCAGCCUGCCGGUCAUUGGCGAUGGAGACACCGGAUACGGCAACGCUAUGAACGUCAAACGCACCGUACGGGGCUAUGCGCAGGCUGGCUUCGCGGGCAUCCUGAUCGAGGACCAGGUGGCGCCCAAGAGCUGCGGUCAUGUGCGGGGCAAGCGGGUGGUGGGGCGGGAGGAGGCGGUGGCCAGGAUCCGGGCGGCAGUGGACGCCAGGUGCGUGGAGGAGGGUGCGGACAUCCUCAUCGUGGCACGGACGGACGCGCGACAGGCGGUGUCGCUGGAGGAGGCGUUGUGGAGGGCGCAGGCAUUUGCCGAGGCGGGUGCUGACGUGUUGUUUAUCGAUGCUCUGGAGAGCGAGGAGGAGAUGCAGGCCUUCACUGCGCUCGGAGGCCCGGCGGCCGGGCUCCCCAAGAUGGCCAACAUGCUGGAGGGCGGCGGCAAGACCCCGGUGCUUCCCCCCUCGGCCCUUCAGGCCAUGGGCUUCAAGCUGGUGGCCUACCCCCUGUCGCUGCUGGGGGUGUCCAUUCAAGCCAUGCAGGAUGCGCUGGCGGGGUUGCGGAGGGGCCGGAUACCGCCCGUCGAGGCGAUGGGCACGUUUGCAGACAUCCAGGAGGUGGUUGGGUUUCCGGCGUAUUUUGCUGAGGAGCAGCGCUACGCUAUCAGCACGCCCACUUCCGUGGAGAUGGAUCUACGUGUCCGUAUCUCCGACGUCAACACGGGGCUGGUCAAGUUAGAGACGCGCGUGCCGGCAGGCUUCCUAAACGGCCUCACUGCACUGGUACCGCAGGUGGCGGGGUUCAACAUUGAGGUGAGGCGUUAUGGCGUUAUAUGCUGCUGCUGCGGCGGCGGCGGCGGCGGCGUUGCCUCCACGUGGUAA